AUGGCUUCCCCCUCGGCACUGUUCGACCUGGGUCAGGGGCGUCGCGAUCUGGCGGCCCUGCCCGCCGACUGGCAACAAAACAUUAGAGAAGCUUGGGAGGUGGUCGACCAGCAAGGCCUCGGCUCCCUCAACGCGCGCGAGUGGCCUUUCGCCCUCCGCGCUAUCGGCUUCGAUCUCGCACGCACCGAGACGUACGCCCUUCUCGUCGCGCACGGCGUCCCGCCGCACGACCACGACCCGUCCCGCGGGCCCUGCAGCCCAUCACGCCUGCGCAUGCCGCAGGAGCACUUCUCGGCCAUCGCCGCGUGGCUGCUCAUGCGCCGCGACCCGCACGAGGAGGCCGAGGACGCCUGGAAGAUGUUCGACCCGCGCGGUACGGGGCGUAUCACGCUCGAGAGCCUGAGGGCCGUGUGCGCCGAGGUGAACAGUACGCUGAGCGAGGCCGACAUGAGGCGGAUGAUUGACAUGGCAGACAUCUCGGGCAAGGGGUGGGUUAGCAAGGAUGAGUUCAUUGAGGUUGCUAGGGGCGGCUUCGGCCGUGGUUAG